AUGCAACAAAAACAAACUAUUAAGUGCGUCGAGGAGAAAUAUUGGAACGGGAUAUUAAAUUCGUUAUGUAUGUUGACGACUUCCAUUUUGUCGUUCAGUCAGCUAAUCGGUAUGGUGUUGAUACUCAUACAGUGCUGUGCACUUGAUCGGAGGGAUCAAUUUGCCAAAUUCACAAUGUCAAUUUUGUUAUGUGGCCUCUGCAGUGGCUUUAUGAUGAUAUGGUCGACCAAGGUGCUCGCCGACUUGUUCCAGUUUCAGAGUCGCCAGAAUCGCCAGCUCCUCAAGGUCUACUUACUAUGUUCUGCCUUAACGUUGGUGACGUCCAUCUCCUUUAACUUCCUGUAUGGACUCCCGUUCGACGCGGACCCAGCUGUUCCUCUGCAACGGGGGCUAAGUGUUUUGAUGAACAUCGUUUACCUGAUCUACUUCAAGAUUUCCUUGGCGAGACGCAAUUCAAAGAUUCAACCUGCUCAAGUGGGGACCGUUUUACCGAAUAAUGAAACUCCAACAACAGCUUCCAAUCAGCCUUUUGCAGUCCACUGCUGGACA